UAGUGUUGAGGCAGAGGAAGAAGGGCAAGAGAAACCUAAGAGUGAGGAUGAUAAUGGAGGAGAAACCGAAAAAGUGACAGACAAAACAUUGGAAGAUGGGGCUCAGAAAGGAAGAAGAAGCAGAGAUAGAGGACAAGAAUAUAGAUGAGACGGCAGAGGAAGCAGAUGGAAAUUGUGUAGAGAAUGAGCUGGAAACAGGUGAAAAGUUGGUAGAAGAGCUAAAGAAAGAGGUGACAGAUAUGAACAAAAUUAGUGAGAAUACAUUAGAGGCAGGGGAUGGAAAAGAAGAGGUGGUUUCUGAUGAAAAUACAGGCCAAAAACCAGAGGUCAACUUUGAAGACCAAAAUGAGGAAUCUGUUUCACAGGAAGAACAAAAUGAACUAGGUUCAAGGGGGGCACCCGAUGAUGACACAGAGGCCAGUACCAGUACCAAGGAAGAAGUGAGUGAACCUGCUGGGGUGAAUAAUGACCUGCUGGAUAGUAACAGAGAUGCUGAAAAUGGAGAGAGACAAGACGUCAUUCUUGAGGAGGCUGAGAAGGUAGAAGAAUAUCUCCAAGAGGAAACGCAAGGUAAAUCAGAGGGUGAGACAACAGGUGAUAGGGUUCCAGAUGUUAUAGAUGAUAAUGAAAAGCCAGAAACUGAUAAAGAUGUGAAAGAAGAAGAAAAACAUGAUGACAAUGAGCAAGAGAUUGAAAACAAGUCAGAUGCUGAACUUGUUCCCUCAGAAAGAGAGUCUCAAUUGGGUGAUGAACAUGACAACCAAGCCAGUGGCAAUCAAAAAGCAGACAAAGAAGAGGCUGAUAAAGAAUCUGAAACAUCUGCAACAACGUUCAUAGAAAACGUAACCUCUCAGAUAACCCAGGAGACAACCAAUAAGGAUACAGAAAACAACAUUUUCUUGGCAGAUGCCAGAGUACAAGAACUAAAUGAUUCAGAACUGAAAGGUACUGACAAUGAACCGAGAAAUAGAGAUGCUCAUGAAGUAAUGGAUGGUGAUCCAGUGGAAAGUGAGGAGAGGAAAGUGAAUUCUGUAAAUAAUGAUGGUGGCUCAUCUGUUUCCCAUUCACUGAAAUCACUGCCUGUUGAGAAAGUCAAAGAUCCAGUUCUGAGCAUCAAUUCAGAUCUGGCCAUUCAUUCAGCACCUUUAACUAAAUCAGUUGGGGUGGAUCUAGUAAGUAACUGGAUUAACAUACACCAAGAAUCAAGGUAUUUUCAGACAUUUAUCGAGCCUCUUGAUGAAGAGAGUCUCAUCUCAGAAGAAACCAAGGAGAGGCUUAAUGGUGAUGUAUUAAAUGCUACAGAUGCACCAACAAGUACUGAUAUUGACGGCCUUGAUGAAACACUCAAGAGUAGAGAUGAAAUUGCAACUCCUGCGAGGAAAAAUCCCAACGAGAGCACAGAGUCUGUAAUUGAAAGCAUGAAAACGGAGACCAAAGCUGAGGCCAUAGAAGCUGAUGCUCACAGUAAUCACUCCAAAGACAGCAUACAUACCUCAACCAAAGAAGAAGGAGUCCAGGAGGCCGGAUAUACUAAAGGUCCUUUGGUUACUAUUUGGUCAAGACAGAGUAAUGAUGAACAGACCAAUCAAAAAGAUAUUGCUGUACAGGAAACUUCAGUAUCAGAUGAUGUCAUAAACAUAGGGACACCAGCGACAUUUGAAGACAUUCAAGAGCAUGCACCAUGUGAAACUGAACAUCAGGAUGUACCAACAAAUGUUGACCUGAAUGGAAAAGAGUCAGAAAGAAGUAAACAACAAAACAUGACUGAUGAAACAACACAUUUAUCCCAAACAGAGGAAGCAAGUAACAAAGAGACCCUGGAGAGUUCAGAACACAAUUUGCAACCUAAACGUGUUUCUCAGACAGAGUGUAUCGAGCCUCAGAGUCCAACAAUCACAGUAAUUACAGACCUCACAAUCAUCAAUAAAACGGAAAACGGAAGCCAAGAUGACACUGCAAGUGUAGACUUCCAUUCCAGACAGUCAGAUGGAAACAGGAGAACGGAAGCAAUCGAUGGUCAUUUAAAACAGACUCUCAGCAACAGAGACACUUUGAGCACUUUCUCAUUGGACGACGCAAGGUUUUUUGGGCCCGCAGGAUAUCCGAGAUUAAUGACUGCUCACACAGAGAACAGUUAUUAGAACAAUAGUAAAUCCUUCAGCUAACCCAGGGGUGUCUAAUACUUCUCCUGUUCUGCAAAGUGUAGGUCCAACCCCAAUUAAACACAUUUGAACCAGUUAAUCAGGGUUUUCAGGAUUACUAGAACUUCCAGACAGGUGUGUUGGGGAAAGUUUGAACUGAACUCUGCAAGGCCUUCCAGGAGCAGUAUUGGACCUAUGUUAAUGGGUUUAAAAUAGCGGCACUUCCUUUUCCUUAUCAGAAACCCAUAGUGAGUCCUGUCUGCUUGGUAGGAAAGCUAUCAACAGCCCACUGAAAAUAGACACCGUAGGACUCGCACAGCACAAAUAAUUUAAUUAUUCAUGAUGUGGAGCCCUCCAGUUGGUCAGGCUGCACUAGCUGUAUACUGACAUACUUCAGAACUUAACUAAGAGAAUUUAACUAAAACCUCAAUGCUUGCACUUUCCUCUGUGCUCCUAAUUAGUAUAGCAUUAGUAGAAUGACAUAUACACCUUGCCGAUUUCUUGCACUAGUUAAGUGUUGUUCUUGUGAUUUUACACUGGAUUAGUUCACAUACAUUGCUAUGAUACCUUCUUUGUUUCUUGUCAUAUUUAUAAAGAUCAUGGGAGUUAAAAUCAAAACAUGAGAUGUUUCGAUUCCACAAGCAAGGCCAAACUGCUCUAACGGUGACUGUGUUGUUAGCUGACAUCAGUCGUGAUCCUAUCAAGUUCCUGUUUCUCUCGCUGGCAUACGUCUAAAAAAGCUGUUUGCUUUUGAAAUUAGAAUAAAAUACUGAAAUACACAUAUUUGUCCUGCUCUACCAGAUACUUACUCGACACUGAAACACAAAACAGAAUAUAAAAAAAAUAAAAGUUUUAACUUUGAAAUCAAAACUGAGAUAAU